CUUCUGCAGGAUAUACAAAUUGAAUAUAGACUUGCGGCAUUCAGCUAAAAGGAAAUGGCAGCAUCUUAUAACUAUGUCAAUGCGGUCGACCCGAACUUGAUGUGUUGCAUAUGCAGGUCGCCGUUCGUCGAGCCUACGACGACGCGGACCUGCGCGCAUACAUUCUGCUACGAAUGCAUCGUACACUCGAUCCAGAUCACCCCGCAAUGCCCCGUGGACCGGUCGCCGCUUGCGCCGGAGGACUUGUAUCCUGCUGACCCUGUUGUACGAAAUCUAGUGGACGAGUUGAUCGUGGAAUGCCCGGAGCGCAAGUCGGGUUGCAGACACACCUGUCAGCGACAACUUCUCGCCUCUCAUAUGAAGGAUAGCUGUGAGUUCGUCAAGGCGCCUUCUGACGCGGAGGGCGGUGAUGCCACGGUCUCCCGCAAGGGUUCAGAUCGCCAUGACCAUGAUGCUGAAGAGGAUGAGUCCUCUGGUGAUCAGGAGGCGGUCACCGCUCCUGAUGAAACUUCAUCACAACCCCCGCAUGAAGUUGGGAUUGCCAGACUCUCGGAAGAGAACACGCUCCUGAAGAUGAGGAUAGACGCGCUGGAAGGACUCGUCCGAAUCAUGACCAAGGAGAUGCAAGCGGUCAAGAACGCCUUAGGGCCAUGGUUCAGACCGGAGCCCUACGCAGCAGCCCCCUCGUACUUCCUCGAAAGAGGUGACUCGCGCCAACCGCCCGCCCCUGCUGAGCCAGAUGAGUUUGACUUUCCCCAAUCGUCCGAAGUGGACAUCCGGCAGAAUGUAUACGUUCAACCAGAGAGUCGACAAGACAUGCUUAGUCCCCACCCGGAUCAGAUGCCACAUGUUCCCCGGCAUCCCGUUCACUUCCCCCUUAUCGAUCCUGCAACACCAGAAAGCUACGCCCACCUUACUUCCCUCACUGCCGACCAGUAUCCCAUCAACCCGUUCGCCGGAGACCUUGACCCCUCUUCUCCUCGGUCUCAUGCACCCCCGUCGCACCAACCACCAGGCCUGGCUGCUUCCGCUUCUAACCCAUCUUACGCCUCUCCAGUCCCUUCCGUUCCCUCUGCUAGCACGUCCGUCGCCCCGCUGAACCUCAGCACGACGCUAUACGGAGCCCUCUCCGGUCUACACGAGUCGAUCGUCUCAGUCUCCACGAAUGUCGACUCGCUCGCACGCCGGACGGAGAUCACGAUGAACACAGACCACGCGAUGAUGGCUGAGGAGAUGCGGGUCGUGAAGGCGGCCGUGCACGGCUUGCGCAUGCAGGUUCACGCAAUUAUGAUGGAUCGCAACGCGCAGGUCACUGGCCGAGCGUCCGGUGUGGCUCAGAGCUCACUUGAUGGUCCCUACGAAGGGUCCCCAGGGCCAGGGUGGCCUAUCCUGGGGCAAUAUCUCAGCCCUCCACGGCCAUUCCCUCCGCCGCUAUCGACGUCUAUCCCGAAACUCUGA